UCUGUCAGCUUCAAGCUUGACAUUUAAUUCAAAAAUCUCAAUUUUUACAAACGAGUUGAUAAGUAACGGGCAAAACCGAUGUUAUGGCCAUGUACGGAGAUCCACCGCUUUCCGAGUUCAUUCCCGCCUAUUAUUGCAAUAAUUUCGCGCAGUCCAGGUCAAAUUGUGCCACUAUAUGGAAAAGCAUUUUUACCCAUCUUUUUUCUAUGGCCAUUGCAACUGGCAUUUGCUUCGGAGGCUACUACUAUUACCAGAAUUACUACCUGCCGAUCCUCAACGACUCAUUCCCGAUAAUUGAGGAGCCAAUCGCAAACAACCCUGCAAUUGCAAAGUUUCAAUUUCCAAACCCGCAUCCCGAAGAUGCAUGUGGAGUUGAAGUAAUUGAAAGUCUCAAAGAGCAAAUUCGGCGCUUGAAUGAAAAUGUUUCCGCCAUCAACAAGUGGAGGGCGACGGUGAAUUCGCACUUGACAAAAUUGGAAUGGGAACAGGCGGCGACGAUCAAUAGCCGCAUUGAGGAAAGCUUCGACGUGUUUGAGGCAGACGGAACCGGGCUGAUGGAUUACGCCGCAUCGUAUGCGGGGGGAAUAAUAGUGGGGAUCUCCAAAGACACACUUCCUCAUCCAACCCACCGCCCGUUAUCGCUGUUCAAACUCCUCAACGUCGACGUUUUGAGUAGCCCGGAAGAGCUGAUCCGUUCCUGUGUUUUGCCUGGCAGUUGCUUCGCUUUUAGGGGUUCCAGUGGAUCAGUUCGCAUCAAACUGGGCAAGCCGAUUAAAAUUGGAGGAGUGACUUUAAGUCAUGCUUCUAAGCGUCUCCUGCUGGAUGAGGGCAUGAGCAGUGCCCCCCAAGAAUUUGCCGUUUACGGUUUCGUGGAUUCGUCUGACAAAAUUGGAGUUUUUCUCGGCAAAUUCACGUACAACAUCCACGGGAAGCAGCAUCAGACGUUCAAAGUGCAAAGAAACCCGUCUCACAAUGAAGUGUUUGAAGAAGUGGAGUUGGCGAUUUUAAGCAACUACGGACGAGAUGCGUUCACUUGCGUUUAUCGGUUUAGGGUGCACAGGAGCGACAGUGAAACUGCGUUGAAUCAAAGUCGAAAUGCUACCGCGCGGAAAGUGGUAAAUAAAAAGUGCUGUUAGCUUCUAUUGCAGAAACAGCAUUCAGUUGUAGGUACACUUAGCGGCCGUUAGUUUGAUGUAGCAGCCUUCAAAUGAUCAUAUUUCAAUAUUCACACGAAAAUUCUAUUUGCCAUAGAAGAUAAUCAAUCACAGGAUCGAACUGGUUUGGCUCUCCCGAAAAACCCAAUCUCAGACAAACAAUUCUUAUAAACUAAUCAGCAGGGGCGGAUCCAGCUUUAAAGUCAGGGGGGGGGGU